AUGUCCUCUGAAGGUAACCUGAAGACGUAUAGAGGCAACUGCCACUGCGGGGCCUUCAUCUACGAGGCCAGGCUGCCCGAGAUCACGUCGUACACCGAGUGCAACUGCAGCAUCUGCCGCAAGAAGGGCUACGCGUACCUGGUCCCGGAAGGGGGCCAGGUCGAUGUCGUCAAGGGCAGCAUCGACGAGCUGACAUCGUACGCCUUCAACACGGGCGGUUUCGUCCACCGCUUCUGCCCCAACUGCGGCACUGCCGUCCUGGCGCAAACCAAGACGAAGACGAUCAUCAACGCGAUUGGGCCUGCCUACGAGCCCGUCGCUUACAAGGGCCCCGAGCCUGCUGUCGACGAAGGCGGCAAAAUAUAUCAUGGCUCAUGCCACUGCGGUGCCGUGACGCUGGCUGUCAAAGUCGACAAGCCCUUGGAGGCCCGGGAUAUCACGGUGGAUGAAGAGAGAAUCGUCGAGUGCAACUGCAGCAUCUGCAUGAGGGGUGCGUACGUCUGGAUCUAUCCGCAUAUAGAGGACACGGUCAUCGAGGGCAGAGAGCACCUCGCCUAUCGCUCGUUCAACAAGAACGUCGUCCGCAAGGCCUUCUGCAAACACUGCGGGACGCACGUCUGCAACGAGCCGAAGCCACUUACAGAUGCGGAAAUAGAAGCUCUGAAUGACGCUGCGAAGGCGUGGCGCGACAGAUCCUUGAUCAUACGGACUAUCACGCUGAGGGUUCUAGAUGACUUCGAUUUCAAGACUGUGAAGACCAACAAGCUUGAUGGUUGGGAUAUCGUGAAGCCCUUGUACGUGAAUCCCUAA